AUGGUUCCAUCGUACUCGUCAGACGAUAUUCAUUCUCCGGUAAACUCGACAGUGGUUGCCAUUGACAAAGAGAAGCAUAGUCAUUUCGCUGUCCUCUGGGCCGUGGACCAUCUCAUCAAUAUGAUUCAAAAUCCAUUCAUUGUUCUCCUCCAUGUUCGUCUCUCAAAUCAUGGAGGAAAAGAUGAUCUGAAUCAGCUUUUUAUUCCAUACCGUGGUUAUUGUGCACGAAAAGGGAUUUCGAUGACGGAGGUUAUUCUAGAAGAUUCGGACGUGGCAAGAGCAAUCUUGGAUUAUGUGAACAACAACCUGGUUAACAAUCUUGUGUUGGGAUCAUCCUCAAAGAUUAACACCUUCGCUAGGUCUUUUAUGUUUAGUAAACCCCAUGAUCAGGUGCAAGUUAGCGUACUGAAAUCGACGCCUGAGUUUUGUUCGGUCUAUGUCAUUUCUUCUAAAGGAAAAGUCCAGUCUUCAAAACCAGCUCAAAGACCUAUCUCCAAUACGCUUGCCCCGCCUCGUGUACCGUCCUCUGGCUUUCUUAUCCAAUCUUUGUCCGAUAGCGAGCAAGAUCUUGUACCUAGGGCCCAACGUGGUGCAAAGAGAAUUCCUAUGGAGAUGUAUCCACACAAUCAAGGUUUCAACACGACGCCACAAAGGCAGAACAGCAAUAUCAAUGGGUCCAUAGAGUUUAACAAUAGCUUUAGCCAAGUUGGGUUGCAAAGGAAAUCCACUAUGCGAAGUUCAUUUUCUGAUGAAUCAGAAAUUGCUUUAGGCAUGAGGCCUUCCGUUGAUCUCUCUUCUCGCAAUUCAGAUUAUUAUGGUGCUACUAGUUCUUCUGACGAGUCAAUUCCUCAAAAUACUAAUUAUAUUGAAGCUGAAAUGAGAAGGUUAAAGCUUGAACUCAAGCAAACUAUGGACAUGUACAGCUCAGCUUGUAAAGAAGCACUUACAGCAAAAAGAAAGGCAAACGAGCUAAACAAAUGGAAAAUGGAAGAAUCUCAUAAAUUCGAGAGAGCCAGGCUUUCCGAAGAAGCAGCAUUGGCAGUUGCAGAAAUGGAGAAGGCAAAGUGUAUAACGGCCUUAGAAGCAGCUGAGAAAGCUCAAAGAAUGGCAGAGCUUGAAGGACAAAGAAGGAAGCAAGCAGAGAUGAAAGCAAGGACUGAAUCAGAGGACAAAGACCGCGCAGUGAGUGCUUUAGCACAAAACAAUGUUCGUUACAGAAGAUAUACAAUAGAAGAGAUCGAAGAAGCCACGGACAACUUUGGAAAUCAUAGGAAAAUUGGUGAAGGAGGAUAUGGACCUGUCUACGAAGGCCAUCUUGACCACACUCCUGUUGCCAUUAAAGUCUUGAGACCUGAUGCUGCUCAAGGCAAAAAGCAAUUUGACCAAGAAGUUGAGGUUCUAAGUUGUAUAAGACAUCCUCACAUGGUCCUUCUUCUUGGUGCAUGUCCAGAAUAUGGAUGCUUGGUUUAUGAGUUUAUGGAAAAUGGGAGUUUAGAGGACAGACUCUUUUGCAGAGGGAACUCUAAGCCGCUUUCUUGGAGGAAACGUUUCGAAAUAGCGGCAGAGAUUGCUACUGCACUCUCUUUCCUUCAUCAAGCUAAACCAGAACCUCUUGUUCACCGAGACCUCAAACCCGCCAAUAUACUAUUAGACAGGAACUACGUGAGCAAGAUCAGUGACGUCGGUUUAGCCCGGUUAGUCCCUGCGUCAGUAGCCAACAAUGUGACGCAAUACCACAUGACAUCUGCAGCAGGAACAUUUUGUUACAUAGACCCUGAGUACCAACAAACAGGAAUGUUGACCACAAAAUCUGACGUAUACUCAUUGGGGAUAUUGCUACUACAGAUCAUAACCGCAAAGCCUCCCAUGGGGCUUGCUCACCACGUCUCUAGGGCAAUCAGUAAAGGAACUUUCAAGGACAUGCUUGAUCCGGUCGUGCCUGAUUGGCCUGUACAAGAGGCUCAGUCUUUUGCUAUUAUGUCGUUGAAAUGCGCGGAGCUUAGAAAAAGAGAUAGGCCGGAUCUUGGGAAGGAUGUUGUCCCAGAACUUAUUCGAUUAAAAAACUUAGGGAUUGACGCUGAUUUAAUUCGAUCGUGUUGA